CGCAUAUGUCCACGACCUCAAUAUGGCCAGUGUCGCCAACGAACAGCUUCCCCAUACACCCGGCUCAACAGACGUCGCCCAGCAGCACCACGAUCUCUCCAUCCUCGUGAACUCGCUCUCUGCUUCUCCUGCCCCAAAUCACGAUUCAAACCCUCCCUCCGAGCACCUUUCGCAGGACGUCUCCCGGCCUCCGUCAACAAACCCCGCCCAGAGCUCCGCCCCUCCUGAGUCAUCCGCGUCCCUCCCACCGAGUGUCCAGCAGCAAGCCCAAAUGGCCAUACAGAGCAUUCUUGCGACCGCACAGCGCAAGGGCUCAGCUCCAGACCCGGUUUGGAGCAUGAAUAGUGUGACGCUGCCAACGGACGUCGAUGCGGCGCGUUCAAACGGUCAGCCUUCUACAAGCAAGCGUCGCCUAGAGGACACAGAGGAUGAUGACCCACACGCGAAGAUUCGGCGUACAGUGCAAGAACACGUCCAGCAUGAAAAUGAUCGGGUGCUGAACAUGACGACGGUUGUGUGCCUACAUGCCGCUGUCGCCCAGAAGUCCUACGGCAGCGAGAAGCGCUUCCUCUGUCCACCUCCACUUGUGCGCAUAGAGGGUCCCUUUGGGAACAUUCGCGACCAAAAGUUGGCUAUGUCUAUUGUCUCUGAACACGGAGAACGGGGCCCGGAAGCAGUGGUCCCGCUUGAUCCCAGUUCAACCGCGAGUUUCAAGUUUUUACACGUCACCGGUGCUGCGAAGGCGAAGAGCUUUAAUCUAGCGCUUGAAAUCUCUCCUCCGCCUCAGCCUGGUACUCCUUUUCCGGAGGGACAGUCACGUCCGCGGCCUUGGGCUGUUUUCGAAUCAGCACCCGUGACUAUCAUAUCAAAGCCAUCGAAGAAGACAGCGAAGACGCGCAACAUAUCAUCGUGUAUACUUGCAGGUGGUCCAGUAUCACUAUUCAACCGUAUAAACUCACAGACCGUGCGCACUAAGUACAUGACCAUUGAUAAUGCUCACCUUUGUGCGAGCAACGUCUCGUGGUCUGCUUUCAACGUGAACGUGAUUAGACGGCCUCAAGAAUUAGGCCCAGUUGCCGGCCCGCAGCCUGUGACAUACGGAUCAGAGAUUGUGCUCUCGGAUUCUUUGACAGGCAUUGCAACCGCGCCGUUGAUUAUUAGAAAGGUCGACAAGGGCAAGAUCUCCAAUGAAGAAGGAGGUCCCGUUAGCCAAAUGCAAAAAAUUGCGCUUCAAAGACUCAAUCCAGACGGGAGUAGGCAUUAUCUGAGUGCAGCGGGUCCUGUGCCUGGAACACCUGGUGUCGUAGCUCCGCCGGCUCCGGGUAUGGCGGGAAACUCUGGGUCCCACCAUCUGUUGUUCCAGUCGCCGCGGGUUCGUGAAGAAGUCAAGGAUGGAGUUCACACUCUCCAUGAUGAAGUGGACGAUUACCUUUGCUGGACUAUCGUGGGAAUAUCAAAGUUCCAGUACACGUUUUUCGACGCAUUGGGAGAGAAUAACAAGAUACCCGAUAUGCCUAUCACACCUUUCCCAACCUUAUUCCAACCUCCAGUAUAUCGCCCGCAAAAUAACGUGCUUGAUUUGACUGUCUCGAGUUUCUUUUAUGAGAACCCGAAGACUGGUCAUCACUCCCAGUUGGAGAUCUGGCUGGGCGAGAUAGGACCACUAACUCAUCGGUUGAAUAAUGCGCCACCAUCUGGCCCUCUCACGAGUAUUGCACCUUUCUAUGGUUCCCCUGAUCAACAACCCCCGCCUCCGGGAGCACCUAUAUCUCCUGUCCCACCACCGACGGGCGGCGCGCCGCCACCACCAGGCAUGCCCGGUGGUGCUCCGUUUAUUUCGUCAGGAGCACUGCAUACAAAUGUGACGGUGGACAUGCCCCCAGUUCAGCAAAUUGUGAAAGCCUUGCAGGAUGAGGUGAGACGCCAAGAAGGCGGUGGACAGGGCUCGUCAGAGGGUACAAAAGGUGCCGACGCGAACAGAGCUGGAACUCCAGACGGAUCGAUGAAUAUCGCAGGCCGUAGCCUUCCGUUGCUUUUCAUUCGUGGAGCAGAUGGUAUUGGAUACCACUCCGGUCGGACGAUUACCUGUGAGAACGUGUUUAUGGACAUGAGCAACCCUUCUAGCAACACUGCAGACCCUUCGUGGUUGGCUGCAGCGCAGAAUGCGGCUACCAACAAUACAAUGCAAGGAUGGACACUUCGCGUGCUAUAACGCAUUAGAAAGGCUGUCCUGGAGACGUAUCUACUCACUCGCUCUUUCUAUCUUGUCUGCUUUUCCGUGGGUCUCUCUUUGGAGAUGGUUCUCUGGCUACCGGCUCGUAACGAUUAUGAUGUUUUUUUGACAGGAUUCUUGUUUGAUAGUAUUUCUUCCCUUUUUAUACUCGUCGCUGUCGUAGUUUCUAUUGUUUACGUAUCUGCUAUUGCGAUAUGUGUAUCAUACGAUUAGCUUACAUGCUGAUCAUUCUCG